AUGGUGGGUUCAGUUAGUUAGUAUAGUUAUUAGAAAUGGCCUAUACGUGUGGUCUGCUGCUGCUGGCAAUUCUCACUAUUGCGGAAGUUACAUGCUACUGUGUACAAUUUGGCAUGAUGCACUUUCUAGCUGUUCCUAUUUAUGAAACUGAAAUAUUCACCGCUGAAUUUGUGCAUUUUAUAGAUGUCAAGUACAAACAAAAGGGUAGCAUGGGCUUUCAUAUUAACAUGAUAUUAGUCAUCGAUGAAAGUGAAAUGGAAUGGAAUGGCCAGGCAUCCGUUGUGUCCGGCGGAAUUGGUUACAACUUCACCACCCUAAGAUUAACGAAUAUCCCACCAAAGGUUGCCAAAGUCACAGUGGUCAUUUACGGGAUUCCCAGGUAG